AGGACUUGGUGGAGGACUGUUCCUGAGCUCAUAGUUUUGGUUCCUGGAGGCUGCUUUGCCCAGAAGUGGAAGGCUUUGCGAGCCAUGGACUCCUAUGUGAUUCAGAUGAAUGGCAAUGACAGCCUGCCUUCAGUUCUGGAUGUACAUGUCAACAUCGGUGGGAGAAGCUCAGGGCAGGGGAAAAUGAAAGGCAGGAAGGCCAGAUGGAAUGUGAGGCCCUCUGACAUGUCCAACAAAACUUUUAAUCCCAUCCGGGCCAUUGUGGACAACAUGAAGGUGAAGCCCAAUCCAAACAAAACUGUGAUUUCACUGUCAAUUGGGGACCCUACUGUGUUUGGAAACCUGCCUACAGACCCUGAAGUUACCCAAGCCAUGAAAGAUGCCCUGGACUCUGGGAAAUACAAUGGCUAUGCCCCAUCCAUUGGUUACCUAUCCAGUCGGGAGGAGGUUGCUUCCUAUUACCACUGUGCUGAGGCUCCCCUGGAAGCUAAGGACGUCAUUCUGACAAGUGGCUGCAGUCAAGCUAUUGAGCUUUGUUUAGCUGUGUUGGUCAAUCCAGGACAAAACAUUCUCGUUCCAAGACCAGGGUUUUCUCUCUAUAGGACUUUGGCUGAAUCUAUGGGAAUUGAGGUCAAGCUCUACAAUCUAUUGCCUGAAAAGUCUUGGGAAAUUGACCUAAAGCACAUGGAAUCUCUGAUAGAUGAAAAAACAGCGUGUCUCGUUGUCAAUAACCCGUCAAAUCCCUGUGGUUCUGUGUUUAGUAAGAGGCACCUUCAGAAGAUACUGGCAGUGGCUGAGAGACAAUGUGUUCCCAUCUUAGCUGAUGAGAUCUAUGGUGACAUGGUGUUUUCAGAUCACAAAUAUGAACCACUCGCCACCCUCAGCACCAAUGUCCCCAUCCUGUCCUGUGGUGGGCUGGCCAAACGCUGGCUGGUUCCUGGUUGGCGGUUGGGCUGGAUCCUCAUUCAUGAUCGAAGAGACAUUUUUGGCAAUGAGAUUCGAGAUGGGUUGGUGAAGCUGAGUCAGCGGAUCCUGGGACCAUGCACCAUUGUUCAAGGAGCUCUGAAGAGCAUCCUUCAGCGUACCCCUCAAGAAUUCUACCAAGACACUUUAAGCUUCCUUAAGUCCAAUGCAGACCUCUGCUAUGGGGCAUUGGCUGCCAUUCCUGGACUCCAGCCAGUUCGCCCUUCUGGAGCCAUGUACCUUAUGGUUGGAAUCGAGAUGGACCAUUUCCCAGAAUUUAAGAAUGAUGUGGAGUUCACAGAGCGGUUAGUUGCAGAGCAGUCUGUCCACUGCCUCCCAGCUACGUGCUUCGAGUACCCAAAUUUCUUCCGAGUUGUCAUCACAGUUCCUGAGGUGAUGAUGCUGGAGGCUUGUAGCCGGAUCCAGGAGUUCUGUGAACAGUACUACCACUGUGCUGAAGGCAGCCAGGAGGAGUGUGACAAAUAGGCCCUCACGCAUCAUCCUGAAGACAUGUCCCAUCAAAAGAGGGCUGGACUGGGCUGGUCCUCAGACAGUCAGAUGUCCCUGCUGGGAGAGGGACCUAAAAAGCACUGCAUCAAGAAUCGAGGAUUAUUUCUACUUUCCCCAGUUACAUCCAAUACACAUCCGGAACCCCAGAUUCUCCCCUUACUCAGCUCUCCAGGAGUGGGACUCAUGAGUUCAUUAUGCCCCCUUACCUCCAACAUCUAACUUCCUUACCCUGAGAGCGCUGGGCAAACGGUUUAACAGAAGCUGGGACAAGAAAAGGGAGAGGUCAGGAUAGGAGAAGCAGAAGGCAGAGGGCAGCUCCCAUACCCAUAUCUUCAUGCUGUCAUAGGAGCACCCUCUCCACUCAGGCCCCAAGUCACCUCUGUUGCCGCAGCACUUCAGGCACACCUCACUCUUUGCCACAGAGCCACACUGGAAAGAAGUUAGGGACAUGUGGAUUUGGUUAGGUGUAUGCUGAACAUGUUAGGAAAAUUGCUGUUUAAAGGAUCCUUGAUGAAUUUUUUGUUUGUAAAGAAUUAUUUUGCAGUGGAAAUAACUACCAGCUUCCUAACCAGUCAAUUUCCUAAGUUUAGACUCACUUGCAUCAGGUUUUCUCAAUCAGAAAGGCACCUCAUUGUUGGAGAAAGAAGGAACGGGAGCCCUUUCCAGAGACUCUGCUGUGUGCAGGCCGGCACCCUCCUCACAUCCUUCUGGUGGAGUUAUUGCCACUUUUGCUGUCAUGUGAAUAUUGAUUUAUUAAUAUUUGUUAUGUUAUCUUUUCAUAUAUUUUCUAAGAAACAUUUAUAUUAUUAGAACUUUUGUUUUGUCAAGGGCAUAAAUUAUUAUUUUCUUUUUUAAAAUAAAUGUUAUCAUGUGUGUA